AUGUGUCUCAAAAAUGUAGGGGAAAUCCCCCUAUCACUUGUAACAUUUAUUGAAACUUUUACUGUUUGUUCAUAUUUCUAUCUAUCUAUCUAUCUAUCUAUCUAUCUAUCUAUCUAUCACACUGUUCAUUAUCUAUCAUACUGUUCAUUAUCUAUCUAUCUAUCUAUCUAUCUAUCUAUCUAUCUGUCACACUGUUCAUUAUCUAUCAUACUGUUCAUUAUCUAUCUAUCUAUCUAUCUAUCUAUCUAUCUAUCUGUCACACUGUUCAUUAUCUAUCUAUCUAUCUAUCUAUCUAUCUGUCACGCUGUUCAUUAUCUAUCUAUCUAUCUAUCUGUCACACUGUUCAUUAUCUAUCAUACUGUUCAUUAUCUAUCUAUCUAUCUAUCUAUCUAUCUGUCACACUGUUCAUUAUCUAUCUAUCUAUCUAUCUAUCUAUCUAUCUAUUCUUUUCUAUUGAUGUCCUGUCUCCACUUUAAUGUUUCAAAUAUCUCCGCCCCAACAUUCUCUACAAUAAAAAGAAAAAUCAUAUCACAGAGACAGGCAAAGAUACGAAAGAAGAUGCUUUUUUUUCCCUCUCAGAGCGACUCCUUUACCUGUGUCCCUGUUCUGCUUUCUUUCUCUCUGACUAAAGAAGUGACACAAUUUCUAUCUAUCUAUCUAUCUAUCUAUCUAUCUAUCUAUCUAUCUAUCAAUAGGUCGAGUGUAAUAUAG